AGUUUUCAACUUCCACCUCCAAAACCAUAGCCAAAGCACAACAAUAACAAAUACUCCUACAGUGUAUUAAAAAUUCAAUAAAAUGAUUCUGCAGAUUCCCUUCAUUUCGAUUCUCACACUCAUCAUCUUCCUCGUACUAAACAAAAGAAUCAGAAAGCCCGAAAAACUCCCUCCCGGCCCGCGAAAGCUCCCAAUCAUCGGCAACCUCCACCAGCUCGGCAAAUUCCCCCACCGUUCCCUCCAAAAACUCUCCCAAACCCACGGCGAUCUCAUGUUCCUGCACCUCGGCUUCAGCCCGGUAUUAGUCAUCUCAUCCGCCCAAAAAGCCCGCGAUAUCUUCAGAAACCACGACCUCGCCUUCUCGGGCCGGCCCGCUCUCUACGCACUCGACAAAAUAUGCUACAACCUCUCCUGCGUCUCGACCGCACCGUACGGACCCUACUGGAGAGAAGCGCGGCGAAUCUUAGUCCUCGAGCUGAUGACGGCGAAGCGGGUCGAGUCGUUCCGCCACAUCCGGGCCGAGGAAGUGGCCCGGAUGGUCGACUUCAUUUCGGGCACUGCUCCGGCCCCGGUCGAUUUGGGCUCGGCGGUGUUUGCCAUGUCGAAAAACAUCAUCAGCCGCGCCGCGUUCGGGGCGGCGGCGAAGGGGAGGAGUUUCGAGGAGAUUUUUCAUGAGACGCAGAGGAUUUUCGCGGAAUUCAACCCGUCGGAUUAUUUUCCGGGUUUGGGUUGGGUUAAUCGGGUCAAUGGCGUGGAUAGAAGGAUUGCGGAGAAUCGUCGAGAUUUGGAGGGGUUUUUUGAGAGGGUGAUCGGAGAGCAUCGUGAUCGGACAGCGGCGGAUUCCGGUGAAGGGGAUAUAAUUGAUGUGUUGCUUCGAGUGCAGAAGGAAUCUCAGCUCACGGAUGAUCAGCUUAAGGCUAUACUCUUGGAUGUAUUUGUAGGGGGAACCGACACUUCAUCGACAACAAUCACGUGGACAAUGGCAGAACUCAUAAGAAACCCAACGGUCAAACGAAAAGCUCAACAACAAGUGCGAGAAAUCGCAAAAGGCAAACCAAUGGUGGAAGAAUCUGACCUCCCAAAACUCUCAUACCUAAUGCAAGUGAUCAAGGAGUCACUCCGCCUCCACCCGCCGGCGCCGCUGCUUGUUCCCCGAGAAACCAUCGAGCCCUGCGCCAUCGACGGAGGCAGGUACCACAUUCCCGCCAAAACGAGGGUUUUCUUCAACGUGUCAGCGAUGUCGAGCGAUCUGGCCGUGUGGGAAAACCCUAGUGAAUUCUCGCCGGAGAGGUUUGAGGAUAGAGACGUCGAUUUUAGAGGGCAGCAUUUCGAGCUGCUGCCGUUUGGUGCCGGGAGGAGGGGGUGCCCCGGGAUCAGUUUCGCGAUGUCGGUGGUGGAGCUCGCGGUGGCGAAUCUUCUGUUCCGAUUUGAUUGGAAGCUUCCGGAAGGAAUGUCGGAGGAGGAUGUUGAUAUGGAAGAAACCGUAGGGUUUAUUAUGCAUAAGAAGACUCCUCUUUGCUUGGUAGCUUGCUUAGUGAAUAAUUAGAAGUAGGUUACAUGCAAAUGAAACCCGUAUUCUAAAAUAUUUGUGUGUUACAUGAUAAUUUCUAAGUUCUAAGUACUAAGUAUUACAUAUA